AUGGCAUGGAGGAGGGCCGCUGUUAGAAUGAACUUUGGCAUGAUCGCAAACUCACCUUUACUGCCGACCCCGCAGCGCACUCGUAUAGGACCUGUCUUGCAGUUCCACGGCGCUGGUGCCGCGAGGAGUCAGUGGCGGCAGCCUGGGACCGGAGUUUCAAUGAACUCUCCUCUCACCAUCAUCCUAGUGCAUUACUACCGCUAUCGACUGGCUCACUCGUCGUGCACCUGCCUACCUGGAAUUCCUACAUCCAGUGACUCCAACCUGAGUAUGGUUACCUACUACUACAAAGACUUGUACCUGUUUGGGACAGUGUUUUUCAGCUUGUCCAGCUCAAGCGUGAAUCAUCCCCAACUGUCACGGUUGCUGUUGAGGCAUCUAGUAUCUGACCCAAGUCCGAGUCAGCCGCUUGAGACCCUUCCGAGUCAUAACUUGAAUAUUGUCAUCCGGCUCAUCCCUACAUUGAAGCACGGUGCUCCUGUGUCAAUGAACUGCCUUUGUUACACUGCUGAGGGCUCGAGGCUUUGGAUCCUGUUGCCGACCGCGAACACGGUCGAAACUACCGCGAAGUUCCCCAGCAGCACGCCACAUCAACCAGGCACUAGGUAUCAUCAGCAGGGGCAGGACAGAGGAGCUGAAAUUGUGCCUGGUGUGAAUGAUCCUGAGCUAUCUACAAUACUCUCGUUCUACGGCGUGGGUUGA